UUUGUGUGUAUGAUAAAUGCAACAGUGGUGGUCCGGGGAAUCUUGGGCGGCCAGGGGGUGGUUCUUCGGUUUAUGGCCCCGCCCCUUCUCUUCCUCCCCGCUCCAUGUGUCUGCUUGUUCAGCACCACACGAUGGACAGAGACUCCAAUACGUGAAUGUGGCUGAUUAUUCAGCUAUUGUGGUCGUCGCAUCCAUACAGACGCCCUCUGCUACUCCUAAUUUUAACCGGAUGUUGAAGGAUUGCUUUUGCUAAUUAAUUGCACUAUUUUUUAGCUCUUUUACCUGUCUAUUAUGGAAACCAUAUCCCCUUUUUUCUGAAUAAAACACCCAGAUCGGAAUAAUGGACUCGAUUACUGCUGAACAGGAGACAUCGCUCAGUGAGAUUCUUAAAGAACAGCAAAGACCUGCAGAGUCAAGGACCAGGCUGCCCCAAACUGAGGGACACUACACAUCCAGCUUGUCCAGAUCAGAUUCCGCACCACAUCUAUAUCACCAGGCUUCGGAAGAUUGUGGUGGAUGUGCCAAAGCUUCCACCUGUGAGCCUCCUGUUCUAAGAAGUUGUCACCAUUGUUGGCCCAAGGCACCAACUACAGGCAACACUCGACUAGAUCGAUACCCACUCAUGGCAAGCCCGCGACUGAAUUGCCAUUCGGUCAAAGUCAGCCCUCGGCUGGACUGCCACUCACUGACAGCAAGUCCUCGACUGGACUGCCGCUCAGUAACAGCCAGCCCUCGACUGGACUGCCGCUCAGUUACAGGAAGCCCACGGCUGGAUUGCCGCUCAGUCACAGAGAGCCCACGAUUAGACUGCCACUCAGUGACAGAGAAAACUCAGCUGGACUGCCAUUCAGUCAUGGCGAGCCCUCAUAUGGACUGCCACUCAAUGACAGCGAGCACUCGACUGGACUGUCGCUCAGUGACAGCCAGCCCAUGUCCUAAAGGCCCGCCCAUUGCAGUAAGAACUGCCCACAGCUGUAACUCCUCUCCAGGACCCUCCUGUCGAGACCGAGUGCAUUGUCACUGGCUGCAGGGAUCACAAGAUUCUGGAAACCAUCAGCCAUUACAACAUCACGUGGUGACAGUCAGACAGGAGAAGCCAAACCGCAUUCCCAGAAGCUAUUCACAGCUGAUUGCUGACUGGCCAAUAGUGCUACUCUCUGCCUUCUCACUGCUACUGAUUGCCUGCUCCCUGGCUGGCUUCCUAAUUGGCCCUCUACCUGACUUCUCAGAUCCUUUGUUGGGAUUUGAACCUCGAGGCACACAAAUUGGGAAACGCCUAUGUGCAUGGAAAAAGCUGCAGGAGGAUACGGGGCCUGACAAGCCACUGUCACUGUUUCCCAAGAAGCUGACAGAGCAGGGCUCAAUCAGCAGCUACAGCCAGGCAAGCGACCCACUUGACAAGGCAGACCAACGACAGAGGAGGAUGGUGGACUGGAACUUCAUACAGGAUGCGUUCUUCUGUGACUCACCAGGGGAGAACUAUGCACAGCUGGUGUAUCGCUCUGGAAAUUCAGCCAGCCUUUGGAGCCUGCAAGCAAUCCGCAGCAUGUGCGAGAUGGAGCAGACCUGGAUCCGUUCCCAUGCUCAUUUCCAGGAUCUUUGUGUCCGUGAGGGUGAGGGUCAAGGAGGAGAGUGCUGUCCAAGUUGGUCUCUUGGAAACUACCUGGCUGUCCUGAGCAAUGCUACCUCCUGUUUAGGGCUAAGCUCCUGGCAGGUGCUGGACAGCUUGAAGCUCCUGAGGUACUGUGCCCCCUACUACCAUGAUGGGAGUCUAGGGCCAUCCUGUGGCGAGAGGGGAAAACCUGGCCGUUGCUCAAAAGUGCCAGAACAAUGCAAGCGAUCCAGUGCCGUCUACCAUAUCCUGCACUACCUGGUGGACAAAGACUUCCUUGGUCCUCAGACAAUUAAUUACCAGGUUCCGUCCCUCAAGUAUAGCCUGCUUUUCUUGCCAGUCCGAAGAGGCAAUUCAAUGCUGGAUAUUUAUUUGGACAACUUGGAGGGUCGUGACCUGACUUAUGGAAAUACAACCAUUACCGGCAUGGACCUUGGUAUCAAACAAAGGCUCUUUCACUAUUACUUGGCCCGAGACUCGGUGUAUCCUGUGCUGGCGGCGGUGACGUUGUUUUUUGUCGUAACAUUCUACAUCCGCUCUGUCUUCCUUUCAGCUAUGUCAACUGCAGCUGCUCUAGGCUCUCUCAUGGCUGCCUACUUCUUCUAUAAAAUAGCCUUUGGACUCUCCUUCUUUCCUUUCCUCAAUCUAGCAGCGACCCUCAUUCUUCUGGGCAGCUGUGCAAACCAGGCAUUUGUGUUUACUGAUUUCUGGAAUCUGCAAUUGUUCCAGAAGCCUUCAUUGACCCUGGAGAAGCGGGUGAGCCGUUCACUACAGGAGGUGGGAUAUCUUAUGACAGUGUCUGGCCUGACCUCCAGCGCUGCCUUCUACUCUGGCUACAUGAGCAGCAUCACCGCAAUUCGUUGUUUUGCCAUCUACCUAGGCACAGCUUCUUUAAUAAGCACACUCUUUGCUGUGGUUUGGCUGCCAUGUGUACUGGUGUUACGUGAGCGCUACACUGUUACCACAGCUGCUGAAGCCCCUCGUGGAAAGACCUGCUGCAUUCUGACUCGUGGAGGAUUCUGGGAGUCCAGUUCCCGGAAACGUUGCCUGUUUUCUCUUGUACGCAGGAUGAGGGAGCUCAGACGGGGCUUGGCAGACACCUCAGAUCUGCUUUUUCAAAAGAUCUUGCCUUGCGGCGUAGUUAAAUUCCGAUACAUCUGGGUUUGCUGGUUUGCAGCAAUGGCAGCCGGAGGGACUUACAUUACCUGCAUUGACCCUGGCAUGAAGCUACAGGCAUUGGAAGGCGUCAUGGCUCAGCUUUUCCGUUCUAGUCACCCUUUUGAGAGGUACGACUCAGAGUAUAGGCACCAGUUUAUGUUUCAAAGGAUAAAAAGUGGAGAGGAGAGGCCUAUGAGUGUUACACUGGUUUGGGGAGUUCUCCCAGUUGAUAAUGGUGACCACUUGAACCCCAAAAGCAAUGGCUCCUUGAUGAUGGAUUCAGAGUUCAACAUGAGCAGCUCCGAAGCACAGACUUGGCUAUUGGGUUUGUGCUCACGUCUACGGAACCAAACAUUUUACUCUCCUCCGACUUCUUCUUCUUCUGACGAGGAGGAGCAGGAGUGGCAAGGAGACAGCGUGUGUUUUAUGGAGCACCUAGUGAAGUGGAUUUCCAGCAGGCAGUGUUCACAAAGUGACAAUGAGAACAGCCUCUGCUGUAGUAAUAUGCUACCCCCAUUCCUUCCACAAGAUCUUCAACACUGUCUGGGCAUGAUGGCAGCUGAGAGGCAAGCAGGAGGCCUGCCUUUUGACAGUGGUGGGCCACGAUUUGACUCUGAGGGCAGUGUGGCAGCUUUAGUGUUAGAAUUUCGGACCACACAUUUCUAUAGCUUUAACUAUAGCCGCACUAUGAGCUUCUAUAAAGCAAUUGACACCUGGUUUGAGGAGGAGAUCUCCAGGGCUCCAGCAGGUCUACAUAAAGGAUUUUUUGUGAGUUAUUUGACACUCUUUGACUUGCAGCAAUGCCUGAGUUCUGAGACCCUGUUGGUGACAGGCUUUUCCAUUAUUCUUGUCUUUGCUGUUUUCCUCCUGACCACCUGGAACGUCCCCCUAAGCCUAUAUGGGGCUAUUGCAGUAGGGGGUACCGUUUUUGUGACCAUAGGCCUGAUGGUUCUUUUAGAAUGGCAACUGAGUGGAGUUGAAGCUCUAUUCAUUUCAGCUGCUGCAGGCCUUUCUGUAGAUUUUGCUGGCAAUUACUGUGUUUCCUACAGUCUGUCCCCACAUUCAGAUCGCCUGGGAAGAGUGGCACACUCUCUCAAGAAAAUGGGAUGCCCAGCUGCUGUGGGUGCUGGUGCUUUUUUUUGUGCUGGGGUCUUCAUGCUACCUUCCACUGCCUUAGUGUUCCGGAAGCUUGGCAUAUUCCUGCUGCUGGUUAAGUGUGUAGCCUGUGGGUUUGCCACCUUUUUUUUUCAGUCCAUUUGUUGCUUUUUUGGGCCCCAGAAGAACUGCGGCCAAAUUCUGUGGCCUUGCAAUGCUACUGACACCUACAAAGAGGAUCCUGUUCCUGGCCUGCUUUCCCCUAGCUCAGCAACUUGUGGGGGGACAUCUAACUAUUCAGUCAAUGGUGCUUUUGGCUGUGGUGGACGGUCCAGAGCAAGAAGAAGUUUUGGAAAGGGUGCAGGAGAAGCAAUGCACAUUCAUCAAGGCCAACAAAGGCAGCGGGUUAGGCCUAGUGGUGGAGGCAGGGACUUAGAACAGUAUGAGCUGCAACCUCUGGCCAGACACUUAAGUGACAGCUUUGAAAAUAGUACCUGCACCAGUAAGUUGUCCAACAGGCCUUCUGUCCUCUCAGAGGAUAUCCAGUUCCGCAGUCUGACUCCUCAGAUGAAUUCAGACAGGCGGGCUACAGAGGAUGACUAUGACAAUGAAGAUGCAGGCAAUGGGAACCUACAAACUUGCCCUCCUCCUGCUCUGCAGACUUCUUCACCCUACAAAGAGAAUGUUCUGCGGUCAGUGCUGAUUCCUGCAGCAGAAAUAACCCAAAAUAGACUGCUUUGUAGGAGAUGCAGGGGCCAAAAGCAGUGGAAUCCAUCCUUAUCGUCCUCUUCUAGUUUGGAUGAUAUUGUGCUCAGCUGUCAACUGCCAGAUGGAGAUCACCAACACUCUGUUGCUCUAGAAGGGGCAAGUGGCAUUCUUUAUGAGCGUCAUCAACAUCGUUGCCUCUUGUAUUCCCAGUCACAGAGUUCUUUUGAAGGCCUGGAAGACUCAAAUGAGACCUGUUUAAGUGAAGUAGAUACAGGACUCGCAGCUGACACCAAUGUGGAACAACACCCUGGGCACCUCAAUGGCAAGCGGGAUACAUUACGUUUGGCUUUGAAAGAGACAGUGUUUGACACAGGACUAUCUAGCACAGGGAGGGGAUGGGCAGGCCACACAAAUGCUCCUGUAAUCAUUCCCAACAGCAAACCUGACCUGCCAGAUGUAUGGGUCAAGAGAGAAAACGACAGAAGCAAUAAUAGCUGAUGAAGAUUCCGUUUUUUGAAGUGGCACAUUCUAUUAGGAGGGUAUGGGUGGUAUAUUUAAAUGCAAUGUGAUGCCAGGCUCCUUAGACACAGAGGCAUGAGAUCUGUUGCCUUGGAUGAUUAUUGCUAUUCUGUUUCUUCAGGGAUGAAACUGCUACAAACAGGCUGCUCUACAUGGCAGUGUAUUAAGUUUCCAGAGUCCCAAACAUACUGUCUGUGACAGCCCAGCUGUAUUUUCAAGAGGGUGCAAACAGACACCCUUAAAAUAAAUGAUAAUUAGCAACGGCACGAUAAAACCCUUGCCAGCAUUACCUAGAAGCCAUCGUGUCUCUGACUGGGCAGCAUCUGGUUCUCUUACAUUCAAAAACAUGCACUUCUUCAGAUAUGUAUUUCAGCAUAUGUAAGAGGUUGGACUUUUCAGCCUAAAGAAUUGAAUCCCAUCAUAAUAUACAGUAUCUUUAAAAAAAAAAAAAAAAAAAACAACAAACGCAUACUCUAAAAAAAACACUGACAAUGUGCACCUGCUAAUUACAUAGAGAAUAGGUCAUGCUUUAAUAAAGAAUAUUAAAGCCCCAUUCUGCAAUAAAGCUUCUACAAGAUGUCAGCCACAGUAACUCAGGUUGUGCAGACACUUUAGUCUCGGGUGGAAAUACCUAUAAUUGGCUAAAAGCAAACCAUACAAUUCAGAGUUGUAUUCAGUUUGGACUGCACCUUGAUAACAACCAUUAUUAAAAUGGGUAUACAUUUUUAACACUAUCUACAUUUGAAUCCUAGUUGUUUUAUGAAGACAGUCUCUCACAGACUAACUGAUGUCUAAGUUUACAGAAUUUUGUCCUUCUUUGCUUUACCACUGUCACCUUAUACGUAUUCAAUUGACCAUUGUCUCAUGCACAUUAGCAGGUGGAAGCAGUUAUUUCUUGCGCAUGGUUGUAUGUACCAUAUUGACCAGUGUAACUAAAGAUGUUCUCAGAUGCCAUAUGGAAAGAUGUUUGAAAGAAGGUGACCCUAAAAUUCUUUAUUUCUAUUGGGGGAACUGAGUUACAUAGAAGAAAACAGGAGGUUGGUGUAAGAAUAUCAUUACAGCAAUAAAAAUCAGCAUGCACAGUCUUAGUUCUGCAAGGCCAUAAUAGAUUAAGGAUUUGGUUCAUAUCUAUUUAUUAAUACUGAAUAUUCUGUUAUCUGAACUCCUUUUGUAAACAGAUGACUUGCACUAGCUCUCUAUUUUCUCUUUAACAUAUUAAUGCGGAGGUAACUUUUACUCAUCUAUGAAAUUCAGAAAGAUGCUUGCCAUGACUGUGACCUUUAGUACAAAGAAGUCUCUUGCAUUUUUAGAUUAUUUAGAACCAAAUUCUUUGUGAAGAAGUUUUAGUUCUUGUUUCGUUUAUUAACCAAGCAAUUAACUAAGAGUCGCACACAAAAUUGGGGUGUGGGCAACAGCUAAUAAGCUUAAUUUUUUGCCAAUGUGAGUAAAAUAUUUUGUUAAAAAAGAACUGAGGGGUACAAAUCCAGGGGCACAGUCUUGGUUCUGCAAGGCCAGAGUAGCUGGAGGAUAUGGUUCAUAUCAAUUUUGUUAAUUUUCCCAGAAAAGUCCAACGUAGGUUUGUAAGAAAUUUAUAGACAAGGUACAAUAAUAGUAGUUUGAAAAAGACAAAUAUCUGAUUAAAUUAAAUUUCUUUAUAAUUAAAAAAAAUUGCUUAGAUCAAACAUCUACAGUAGAUGAAGCCCCUUAAGACCAGAAAUGUUGUGUCUUGUUGUGGCAUAGCACAAAUAAGAAUAAAAGAGAGAGAGAAAACAUGAAAUCACCGGGUUAAUUGUAAUUUUAGGAGGCUAUUUGAGGAAGCAGGAA